UCACCUGUGAAACCGUAUCGGAGAGCCGGAGGCGCACCGCAUUCGCCGCCCUAGGGCAGCCGCCGCGCCGGCCUUUGCACCUCCCACUCCCAGCACCGCUCCUACGCCCGACGCCCCUGCCUCCCUGGUCCCUCGGCGGCUUGCUCCCUCACCGCUCCGCAUUUGCUCCCCCUCGGGCCUCGGCCUUGCGCCGUCCUCCGUGGAAUUGCGAGCCAGCAGGCAGCGGAGGCAACGUUAGCAUCUUGUCAGUUUUAUUUAAGAAUUGGUCAUCAUGGAGUGGGAACUCACUGAGGUCCCUGGCAACCCGACUACCUUCCAGGCUACAUGUAUUCCCUUUAAUUGCUCUAGAUGCCUUGUUUUUAAUAUUUUCUUGCUAUUUCUAUUUCGUCUUUCUUGUUUCUUCCUUGCCAGUUGAUGUGGUGGCUGCCAAGAUUGAACCCAAGCUUGCCAACACUGUUAUUAGGCAGUUGAGCCAAUCAUGCCCUUUGGAGAAUCUGAGGCAUGUAAAGCGGGUCCGUCGACGUACUGAAUGCGCAAACAGCUCCCGGUAGAUGUACAAAAGAUAGUGGAUACAUAUCAGUUGAAUCCUUUCACUGCAAAAGUUUCCAUGUGUUCUGCUACAUCAAAAGAGGAAUGGGAAGAACAGUGCAAACUUUGGCCAACUUCUUACCAUCCUGCACAUGACCUUGGUAUUGUCCGUGGGUUCCGGGAGGAGGAACUACCAUCAAUAUUUAAUUGCAUGAAGAUUGCUAUUCAACUAUCAAAGAUGGGCAAUGCUGUCAUCAUCGUUGAUCCAUCAAGUACACAAAUAAUUGCAAAGGCGACAGACCAGACACACCAGCAUGCAGAUGAUGCCUGCUCUUUGAAUGAAUCAACUGAUAAUGAUAGCAAUUUGUUACUGCCAUUAUCCUUUCUUUCUAAAUGCAGCCGUUUGAACAUGGAAGUCUCAUGUAUAAAUCCUUGGGGAUGGACUAAACAAUGGACCACGGGGCAGAAGCCAUUGCCCAGUGAAGGCUGUUUUGCAUGGCAUCCGCUGAGACAUGCUGCCAUGGUUGCUAUUGCAAAUGCUGCUGAGAGGGAUAGAAUGAUGUUUCCUUCAACUUCAAUAACCAAGCCAGAUUCAAAUUGCAAUCGGGAGAACUAUUCUGAUAAGGAACCAGCAAAAAGGCUAAAGACCGACACAAAAAUGAGCAUUGAUGCUUGUUUUUGUAAAUUUCUCAUCACAGUUACUUAUUUAGUGUUGCAUAAAACUGGAAAUGAUACAUACUGUUUCCUCUACUUUUUUUUUGACAAGAUCAAAUUUGGAUAUCAGGAUAAAGAGCAAUCUAUAAAUAAAUCAUGCUCCAGUGACUUGUCUGAAACCACUAGACCAUAUCUCUCCACAGGAUUUGAUAUCUACCUUGUUUGGGAACCAUGCGCAAUGUGCGCAAUGGCACUUGUACAUCAUAGAUUCAAACGUGUCUUCUAUGCUUUCCCGAAUCCAGUUACUGGAGCACUCGGUGGAGUCUACAUGUUGCAUGGGAAGAAAAGUCUAAAUCAUCACUACAACGUAUUUAGGAUUUCGGUACCUGAGGCAUACUUGAAUGGUUUGAGUAAUUGUUCGAGAGAAUGCUGAUCCAACCUCCUGUUCCAUUUUAUACUUAGAAAAAAGGAUCAAUGAGCUUUGUUUUGCAGCAUGGAUGUCAUGUUUGGCACGAGGGCUUCAGAUUAGCCUUACUUCCAUUACAACUUGUCCUGUUCAAUGUUGUAUCAUUAAAAUUUUACCUCUGUUGUAUCACUAGAUUUUCUCUCCCCA